CUAGCGGCAGCAAGGGGUGGCUGUAAGACCCUCUUUGGAGGGGGGUCCGAUUAUAACAAAAAUAUAUACACACAUAUAUAGACAUUAUACACGCCCAGGCCGCAAGAUAGGUCCUAUGACGAGUUUAGGCAUUUUAAAAUAAGCAUUACAUCUGUCUAUACAUUUUUAAAAAUGCCUAUUUUACUUUUCUUGAUAGACACGUCCGCUUCUAUGAAUCAGCGCACUUAUUUGGGUACGACGUAUCUGGACAUUGCUAAAGGCGCGGUUGAGAUCUUUAUGAAGCUGCGUGCCCGAGACCCGGCUAGUAGAGGCGACAGGUACAUGCUAGUUACAUUUGAUGAGCCACCAUACGGAGUUAAGGCGGGCUGGAAGGAGAACCAUGCCACCUUUAUGAGCGAGCUGAAGAAUCUGCAGGCCUCGGGUCUGACCACGCUGGGGCCCGCCCUCCGCGCCGCCUUCGACCUGCUCAACCUCAACCGCCUGGUCUCCGGCAUCGACAACUACGGACAGGGCAGGAACCCCUUCUUCCUGGAGCCUGCUGUAAUCAUCACCAUCACCGACGGCAACAAGCUGACUCACAACGCCGGGGUGCAGGAGGAGCUGCACCUGCCCCUGAACUCCCCCCUGCCGGGCAGCGAGCUGACGAAGGAGCCCUUCCGCUGGGACCAGCGCCUCUUCGCCCUGGUGCUGCGCCUCCCGGGCGGUGCCGCCGCCGAGAGCGAGCAGCUGGGCAGCGUGCCCACCGACGAGUCGGCCAUCACCCAGAUGUGCGAGGUCACCGGAGGCCGCUCCUACUGCGUGCGGACCCAGCGCAUGCUGAACCAGUGUCUGGAGUCUCUGGUCCAGAAGGUCCUGAGCGGCGUGGUCAUCAAUUUUGAGAAAACUGGACCGGACCCCCCACUGUUAGGAGAAGAUGGCCUGGCUGACCCGUCUCGGCCCGCGCCCUCUUUCGGCCCCCAGCCGUGGCACAGCUGCCACAAGCUCAUCUAUGUGCGGCCUAACCCCAAGACGGGGGUGCCCGUGGGCCACUGGCCCAUCCCAGAAUCCUUCUGGCCUGACCAGAACUCUCCCACUUUGCCGCCCCGCACGGCCCACCCCGUGGUGCGCUUCUCCUGCGUGGACUGCGAGCCCAUGGUGAUCGACAAGCUGCCCUUCGACAAGUACGAGCUGGAGCCCUCGCCCCUCACGCAGUACAUCCUGGAGAGGAAGUGCCCCCACGUGUGCUGGCAGGUGUUUGUGAACAGCAGCGGGAAGCACAGUGACCUGGGCCAGCCCUUCGGCUACCUGAAGGCCAGCACCACGCUCACCUGCGUCAACCUCUUCGUCAUGCCUUACAACUACCCGGUCCUGCUGCCACUCUUAGACGACCUGUUUAAAGUGCACAAACUGAAGCCAAAUAUGAAAUGGCGACAGGCCUUUGAGAUCUACCUAAAGUCCAUGCCUCCCUACUACCUUCUGCCGUUGAAGAAGGCGCUGAGGAUGAUGGGAGCGCCAAACCUCAUCGCUGACAACAUGGACUGUGGCCUCAGCUACAGCGUCAUCUCUUAUUUGAAGAAGCUCAGCCAGCAGGCGAAGAUCGAGUCGGACCGCCUGAUCGUAUCCGUGGGGAAGAAGCCCCCCCAGGAGACCGGCAUCAAGGUGAAGAACCACUGGAGCGCCCUGUCUCUGGCCCACCGGCGCGACUUCAAACAGCUGCUGCUGGGCAUCACCGGCGAGGUGCCCCUCCGCCUCAGCGACAUCAACUUCAAGGAGUUCGCCGGCUUCCAGAUCGCGCUGCUCAACAAGGACCUUAAGCCCCAGGCCUAUCGGAACGCCUACGACAUCUCCCGACGGAACCUUCUGGAUCAGCUGACCCGCAUGCGAUCCAACCUGCUGCGCACGACGCAGAAGCUCAUUAGAGGGCAGGACGAAGACUACUUGCACAGUAUCCCAGUGGCCCAGAUGGGGAACUACCAGGAGUACUUGAAGAUGAUGCCAUCCCCACUGCGGGAGAUCGACCCAGACCAGCCCAAACGCCUGCACACUUUCGGGAACCCUUUUAAGCAGGACAAGAAGGGAAUGAUGAUCGACGAGGCGGACGAGUUCGUGACAGGCCCCCAGAACAAGAAGAGGGGGAACGCAGGGGACCUGAACUCGGGGGCGGCGCUGAAGAGGAGGAGGAGCAUGUCCCCCCUGUUGCGCCGCCCGCAGACUCCGCCCAUCAUCACCAACCACGUGGUGGGGAAGGGACCUCCGGGCACUCAGGGCAACCACAGCCUCAUUAAGCCCAUCCCGCUGCACAAAGGAACAGAAGGGAACAGCGUAUUGGGGACAGAGAGCAAUGGGGAUCCUGUGAAGGGUGCAGAGACGGGUGGAGUCUGGCCGGGGGGGCUGGAUGGGGUUGAGGGGGCUGCAGCAGGCCUCAUACCAGAGGAGAGGGCGGGUGAAGGAGAGGAGGGUGGAGUCAGGGUGGAGGACAGAUUUGGGGAGGAUGGGCUAGAUGAGAGGCCUCCAGGUCAUCCAGAAAACUGUGAAGAACUGAGUCCCCCGGGCCAGCAGGGGGUGCAAGAGGGGACCAAGGGGGAAGCUCUCAGGAUAAUCACCAUACCCCCCCUGGAGGGCACCAAUGCAGAGCUGCGCACACGGGUCAUCAAGGAAGUCCGAAAGCCCGGCCGCAAUUACGAGACGAUAUUCCGGCUCCUAGAGGAGGUGAAGGGCCCUGUGGAAGUGCAGAAGUACUUCAUCCAUCACGCCAUUAAAGAGGCUGCUAGGUUUAAGAAGAGGGUCCUCAUCCAGCAGCUGGAGACCGCUCUGGAGGAGAUGGAGGACAGGCAGCCGUCACUGCCACCACCGCCCGCACGUCUCAACAACAACAUCCACGGCAGGUAGUGCAGGGGCGCUGCUAUGGGAGAGACACACGGGCCACGCCGCUGGAGAGCCGGGGCCCGCGAGAGCGGGGAGGCCGUAGCAGCGCUCGGCGCAGAGAGGGGCGAAGAGGACGAGGGAGGAGAGAGCAGCACCCGGGGCUUCCUGCUCCCUCUCAACACAGAGGACGGUCACAACCGCAGCCCCGAUAUAGCUCUCAUAGAGCGGGGGGAGGGAGGACGGGGGGAGGAACCCUAACCCUGUGGGGGUUGGGGGGUAAACUGGGCAGAAGGAAUGCUCAGAUUCCUCUGUUCUCUUGCCGUUAAGCCCUUUCCUCAACUGCCCCAGUGUCAACACAAAUCUCUCCUCCGUGACAGCUCUCACUUUUUUUUUUUUACCAGCUGUACCGCUCGUCUGGUUUGUCCUCAUGAGGAACACAGACUGCGGGUUUGUUAUAUGAGAGACUGUGUCUGUAAGUCAACAUCUGGAGCCUACGAGGAGUGUGUCUUUAAAUUUGGUCUAGGUUAAUAGGUCAGUAGUUCAGAGGAAGGACAACAGUGGAGGUAGAAUAGCUCUAAUUCCCUGAGGAGUACCUCCAGUGGUGGUCAGGCCUGGGAUCUGGAGGAAGGUGAGAUGCUGAGCAGCUCUAAUGGAGUGCAGCUUCCCUGAAGCUCAGUGGGGGGAAGGGUCUGCACGCUGCCCGCUAGAGACCAGUAGGGGGCGCCAUCUCUGUCAUUCUGGCUGCGGAUGGGACGGGGGUAACAGAGUACUGCUGUACUUCAUCGGUGCAGAUGUGGCGACGAAAGGCUGGGCGGCUCACGCGAGGAAUCGUAUCUACCUCAGACUCUUUCCUUUUCCUUUCCUGUCACGGUGUCCAUGGGCGGGAGAGACUUUGGGUUCAUUCAAAAGCAGGCAAUAAAAUAAAAAACAGAAAUCCCAAGAUCUGAAGAAUGCAGCAGCAUUCACAUGAACCCACAGGAUAUCCGGGUACACUUCCACACUGUCAGACGCCGACUGCACCUCUACACUCCCAAGGCCACCAUACCAAAUGCCAUGAACCACUCUUUUCGAAGAACUAUGUCUCACAAGACAGUAUUGGCCGGCACUCUAGAAAAUUGUUCAAAAAAUAAAGGGGUUUAGAUGGUGAGAGAGAUGUGUGACCACACACUGUUUGAGGUGCUGCUGCGGUCCAUUCAGCUGGUUUACUGAAGCUCAGUGUAAUCCACCCUGUGUCGUGUGACAUCAAAAACCUGCCCCCUACAUCAGCCAGAUGCUCCCCAUCUGCAAACUGCACUUGGUCAAGGUUUAACAAACACAAGUACAAACUACCCAUUUGUUUUUUUUUUUCUUUAUUUUCAAAUGAAAGCUGUGUACUACUUUUUAAUGUUCAUACAUAAUGGAAAGAAAUAAGAUUAUUUUUGGACAGUAUUCUUACCAGAGCAUAAAAAUUGAUAUUUUAAAGAAAACCUUGUAUAAAGCACAUUUUGUAAACAUUGUUUUUUUAAAGAAACCAAAAAAAACAAAAAAUAAAAAUCAGAAAGGUCUAAGUGUUUGAGCGUAAUUGUAUACAUUUCUGCCCGUUAAUGGACCCUUAACACCCUCAAGACUGCCUCCAGACUGGUCCCCAGAGAAAAGGACCAGUCCCAUCAUGAGACAGACCCUUUUCAGUGAAAUAUACAAACCACUUACAACCGUACAUAUUAUUGCAGUCACUGAAGGCAACAUGUUAAUGGAUCUGAAUUUUUGAUCAGUAGGUGCAACAUUCUCACAUUUCAUAUGACACACAGAAUCAGGCAGAACUCUAUGCAUAGUGCAUUUAUUACUGAGCUUAAGAUAAAAUAACACUUUACUGAUCCCCAGGUGGGGAAAUUUGGGAAAUUAAGGAAAGAAGGGCAAGUUCCUUCAGUCCUGUGGGCUUGAAUGAGCAGUAUCUAGAAUACCAGGUGAGAGACUCCUGUCCAGUGACUUUGUUUAAUGACAAUAAUGAACCGAGGAAGACUGGAAGGCGAUUGGUCCUGAAGAGGGGAGCAGUCCUCCCUGGCUUAAGGGAUGACACUGUUACCAUGACACCUUAUUAAUGUCUGUUGCUUCAGUUGGAAAGGAGAUGAAGUCAGAUGACUUGCUUAUCUUUACCCAAUUUUAGAACUACAAUAGUCGUAGAAGGCAGACUACAUCCAAUGGUUAUUUUUCACAGUCUCAACAAAAAAAUAACGGGUUCCCAGCACAUUGGUUAUAAAUAUUAACCUUGGCAGUCCCUGGCAGAGUAACCCUCUUGCAAACAACUGUUAAGACCUCAGUACCUUACCCCCAAUAAAAGCAUUUGUUAAGAAAUUAAAACAAUCUUCAAGAAAUAAUGCUUAUUUUCUGAUUCACGACAUACGAUUACAUGGAUAUAAUCUCAAUAUUUAAACUUU